AUGUCCUACUACCCGGGCCAAGGUGGCUACGGUGCUCAACAGCAUACCGGCGGUGGUUACGGAUACCCUCCAACCCAAUCUCCACAGCCAUAUCCUCCUCAAGGCUAUUCUCAAGGCCCAUAUCCUCCUCAGUCGCACUCGCCACAACCCUACCCUCCGCAGGGUUACGGGGGACCUCCUCCUCAGAGCUAUGGCGCUCCUGCCGGCUAUAGCAAUCCCUCGCCUCAGAUAGCUCCAUAUGGCUAUAACAAUCCUCCUCCUCAACAAAGCGGAGGCUACGGCGGUUAUGGAUCGCCUCCUCCACAACCAAAUGGAUACCCAGGCCCUCGGCCCGGAAUGCCAUCGUACAGCACGAACGCUCACUCUCAGGGUGCCUCCAAUGGCCCUCGUCCGCCGCCUACGACCCCUCAACAGUUUGGCCAUGGUGCCCCUGCGAGUUAUAGCUUCCAGUACUCCGCGUGUACAGGAAAGCGAAAAGCAUUGCUCAUCGGAAUCAAUUAUUUUGGCCAAAGAGGACAGCUGCGAGGAUGCAUCAACGAUGUUAAGAACAUGUCCACCUAUUUGAACCAGAAUUUUGGGUAUGCCAGAGAGGAUAUGGUGAUUUUGACGGAUGAUCAACAAAACCCCAUGUCACAACCGACCAAAGCCAAUAUACUUCGAGCGAUGCACUGGUUGGUCAAGGACGCCCGCCCCAACGACUCGUUAUUCUUCCAUUACAGUGGUCACGGCGGCCAAACCCCCGACUUGGACGGAGAUGAGGAAGACGGCUACGACGAAGUAAUAUAUCCGGUCGACUUCAGGACCGCUGGGCAUAUUGUGGAUGACGAAAUGCAUCGCAUCAUGGUUAAAUCUCUACCUGGAGGAGUCCGACUCACGGCCAUCUUCGACUCAUGUCACUCCGGGUCGGCCCUCGAUCUACCAUAUAUCUAUUCCACCCAAGGCGUGCUCAAAGAACCCAACUUGGCCAAAGAAGCAGGCCUGGGGCUGCUGUCUAUUGUUUCAUCAUAUGCCCGUGGGGAUCUGGGCGGCAUGGCUUCGACAGCCAUGGGAUUAUUCAAAAGGGCGGCCACAGGCAAUGCCACGUAUGAACGCAAUAAACAGACCAAGACCAGCCCCGCCGACGUGAUCAUGUGGUCUGGCAGCAAAGACGAACAAACCAGUCAAGAUGCGCAGAUCAACGGAGAAGCCACCGGGGCCAUGAGCUGGGCGUUUGUGACGGCCCUGAAGAAGAAUCCUCAUCAGAGCUACGUGCAGCUACUCAACAGCAUUCGAGACGAACUGGCCACCAAGUAUACGCAAAGACCUCAAUUGAGCUGUUCACAUCCUUUGAGUAAGUUCUUGUCUCCGGCCUUCUGUUAG